AAGCCCCCAGACCGCGUGGCCUUGGUCUGUCCCGGACCGUGUAGACAGUGGUUACCAACAAAAUUUCGUUUGACCUCCGGACGCCCUUGGCAUGCGAGCGCGCGCCAGCGACCGCGGUCUGAGCGGCCGGUUCGGCACCGUGUAGCCGCCCGUCGCCGACCGCACUAGGCCAUUUCGCUGGGAGGACGCGCCGUGUGCGCUCGUGACGUUACUCGCCAUGGUUACGCCGCAGCGGGAACGCGAUGUGAUCGCUGAAAUACUAGAAAUUUAUCGUGACCUACCCUGUUUAUGGGACCUGUCGUCGCAUUUAUAUUCUGAUAAAAUUGUUAAGAAGAAUGCCUGGGAAAUAUUAGUAACCAAAUAUAAAGAAAUUGAACCCGAGGCCAAUGAAGCCACAGUGAAAAGAAAAAUAGAAAACCUCAAAAGUUCUUACCAGAGGGAAGUAAGGAAGGUUAAAGAAUCAAAAAACCGCACAGGAUCCGGCGCUAGCGAAGUUUAUAAACCAAAUCUUUGGUACUUUGACCUAAUGACAUUUUUGGACAAAAAAGAUGAAGUCAAAAGAGCAGGCGUAGAUUCACUCCUGAGCGAAGACGAAGACGGCCGAAUCGAAACUAGUGCAAAAAGAAAAAAACAGAAACCUUUUAAUGCCAUAGAGAUACAACAACAGAAGUUAUUGAAUACAGCGGAGAACUUAUUGAAAGAAAAUAAAAAGGAAACGAACCCAUUUGGAAUAUACGUAGGCGAUACAUUAGAGCAAAUCUCAUCUGAUCAGCGAGAAAUAGCAGAAAAGCUUAUUUCUGAUGUACUUUUUCUCGCCAGAAGAAACAAUUUAACCACUGAUUCAAAAAUAGAAGCUAAUCCUCGUCAUGCUUAUCACACCCAUGCUCCUCAAUACAAUUCCUCUCCCUAUUUCAUACAGUCUCCUUUCUCGGCAGAAGUUUCCCAGUCACCUCACUCGUCAUCUGAUGUUUCCUUCAAUCCAUCACCUCAACCCCAGAUGCACCAACGUAAAUUUGUGUAUGCUCCACAAAUUAUACAACGAGCUUUUUCACCUGUAGUAUGUUCACCUGCUCACACCCAUACUCAACCUCCGCCUUCCUUGCCAUCCUUUCAUCCCACGCUUGUCACCUAUUCACCUCAUCACAUCCAGUCACCUCCGACUCCGACUCGAACGCAAACCCCUAAUCCCUCGCCAUCCUUUCAUCUCUCCCAAAACACACCUGUUACCUAUGCACCUCAUCACAUCCAGUCACCUCCGACUCCAACUCGAACGCAAACCCCUAAUCCCUCGCCAUCCUUUCAUUUCUCCCAAAACACACCUGUCACCUAUGCACCUCAUCACAUCCAGUCACCUCCAACUCCGAAUCGCUCGCCAUCCUGUACACUUGUUCGCGUCCAGUCGCCGCCGGCCCCAACACAAAUGCAAAACCCUAAUCCCGCAUCACUUUCACCUAUCACAUAUUCUCCCAUUCAUAUCCAAGUUUCACAUCCUACUUACACAGAACCACCUACCAUACAUGUGCCUGAAUCCCAAGAUCACUCAUCACUCACCGCCUCUUCUAUGGAUAACGAGGGUGUAAAUAUCAUCGACAAUACGGUCGUAUACUCCGGUCCGGCAAACGAACUAUUAAAAGAAUUAUUGGUUUUUAAAAAAUAAAUAAUUUUGAACUUACCCUAAUU